AUGCACCACCGAACAGACUACAUCCGACUCAGAGAUGCCCUCUCUCGCAGGCAGAAGCAAAGGCAGAGGCUUGCCAUCAAAAGGAGACAAUGCAUGAUAGAACAGUGGUUUUGUUUGGCCGAAGGGUAUGUUCCCCGAAAACAAUGGGUCACCGAAAAAAGCCAGGAUUGGUGGGAAAGAAUUGUGCUUCGCUGCUGGGAAGAGCAAGACUGGUUGGAGUGUUUUCGGAUGACACGGGAAACUUUUGAGCACAUAGUCUGUAUCCUCAGACCACGUCUUGAACGCCAAGAAACAUCCUUCCGACAACCCGUAUCAGUAGAGAAAAGGGUGGCGGUAGCAAUCUGGUGCCUGGCCACGGGCAGCUGCUAUAGGCAGGCGAAAGACCAGUUUGGCAUUGGUCUUGCCACCGUGUGUUCUGCUGUCCUGGAAGUGUGCUAUGCUCUAGAGACUGAGCUGCUCUCGAAGACCAUCUCCCUGGGAGGCGAAGUUGGCGCGAUUAUGGAUGGCUUUGCAGCAAUGGGCUUCCCUCAUUGUGUUGGAGCCAUAGACGGGACCCAUAUUCCCAUAUGUGCUCCUGGUGGUAGCCCGGAGCAGUAUGGGAACAGGAAAAAAUUUUCUUCGAUACUCCUGCAAGGCACAGUAGACCACCGUGGACAUUUUAUCGACGUGGAAAUUGGGUGGAGUGGUAAGAACCACGACGCCUUUGUCUUCAAGAAUUCAGCAAUUUGCGCAGCCAUGGAUGCAGGCACGUUUAUUCCAGGGAAUCCAAGUCUGCAAUUGGGAGGUGUCACGGUCCCACCAGUAAUAAUAUCAGAUGGUGCCUAUCCACUUCGCCGCUGGUUGAUGAAGCCUUAUGGCACCCACGGAGAGACCAAUGCCCACAAGCAUUUUGAUAGAGCACUGUGCCGGUCCAGGAACGUGGUGGAGAGAUGUUUUGGACGUUUGAAAUCGAAAUGGAGGUGUUUGGCCACCCGUCUCAAUUGCAGGGAGGAGAACGUGGUGGCUGUGGUGACAGCCUGUACCAUCCUUCAUAACAUUUGUGAGGAGCAUGGACACAACUCGCUAUGUCACAUGGGAGAUCCCAAUCCUGUUUUGGUGCCGCAGGAGGAGGAGGCAGGUCUAGAACCAGACAGAAGUCACCUAGAGGAGGGAAAGGUUGUUAGGGAGGCUCUGGCCACAUUCAUGUUUGCAAAUGCAAGGCAAUGA